UCAAGUCACUCUCACGGUUUAAAAAUCAAGGCGUAUCAAACUCCUCUCUGUGGACCCAUAAAAACUCACCCCAUAAAGUAUGUAAGAAAGCCAUUAAAACUUCUGCCAUUUAUACAAGAAGCCAGGAAGAGAGCAUUCACCCCACAUCAAUUCUCUCUGGAUAUCCUUCUCUUUCUUCUGAAAGAGAUAAUGGGUUCCAGCGACUUUCGUUGCAGUUACUCUGUUGCAUCUUCAGUUCUGCUGCUCUUCGGUGUUGCUCUUCUUCCGCAAGCAAAUGCAGGGGACUGCGACCUGUUCAGCGGAAGAUGGGUUUUCGAUUCCUCCUACCCUGUGUAUUCUUCCUCGGAAUGUCCCUUCAUCGAGAGGGAGUUCAGUUGCAAGAACAAUGGCCGGUCUGAUUUGGUUUACACCAAAUACAGAUGGCAGCCUCUUGGCUGUGAUUUAGCAAGAACAGUCACAUGCUAUGUUGCCUAAGAUGUCAUUGUCAAGAUUAGUACCAUUCCAUCCACCGUCAGUGCAAGAUGUUUGACUGACAGUCACAUUAUUGUGCUGCAGUUUUCUGAAUAUAGGUUGAAGAGUUUG